AUGCCGAUGUACAAGUUGGAAGAAGAAGCCAUAAGAAGGCUACCUGAGAACCUUUAUAAUGACAGGAUGUUUCGAAUUAAGAGGGCAUUGGACCUGACCAUGAGGCAUCAAAUCUUGCCUAAAGAGCAAUGGACAAAAUACAAGGAGGAUAAAUUCUACCUUGAACCGUAUCUCAAAGAAGUUAUUCGGGAAAGGAAAGAGAGAGAAGAAUGGGCAAAGAAGUAAUCAUGGAGUUGAAAACUGUCAUUGCAUCUGCCCUCAAGUAUUUUUAAGAAGUUGAAUAAAGCUGAAAUGUACAAUUUAGAACUA